AUGAGUGAAGACACCUCGAACAUGUUCUUGCAGGGCGCCUUCUCCAUCGAUGCUAAGGCAGCCACAUCGACAAGCGAGAAGCACAAGUACCUAGUGGAUGGUUACAUCCUUGGGCAGUGGGGAUCUUACAGAAGAUUCAACGAGAGCGUUUCAGCCGCGUUCCGGUCGGCCUACAGGUCCCAAGUGGAGGCCGAGGAAGAGGUCUCCAUCGAAGUAACCGACAGGGAACAGAAAGAAGAGCUGAACCAGAGAGCUGAACGGGGCUGGUGCAAUGGCGAGAGGGCGGUGGCCCGGGCGGUAAUGGCGGCAAGGCCAUCUGGUGGCGGCAAGGGCGGUGGGGGCUGCGGCGGCGGGGGCGGCGGCCACAGCAAGGGCGGCCACAAGGGCGGUUGCAGGCUAGGUUGA